AUGGGAGGGGGAGAAGAGGAGGAGGAGGUCCCCAACGCAGAGCCUCCGAGUCCCGGCGGCGAUUCCGAACUCCGGCGGGUGGUCGUCCGUCUCGACUCGCUGAUCUCCUUCUCCCGCUCCAUCAAGGCCUUUGCAGGCAAGUGGCAGUCCAUCAGGAGCUUGCUCCAGAACCUCAGCUCCGGGCUCACCGCCGCCGAGGCCGCCGUCGUCUUCUCCGGCGCCAGUGAGAAUUCGGCCUUUUCGGAGCUUCUCGCCGCCGUAGCCUCGACGGUGGACGAGGCCCAUGGCCUUGCCGGUAGCUGCGACGGGGAAACCUUCCCCGGGGGGAAGCUCCUCAUGAGGAGCGACCUCGACCUCCUCGCCUCCAGAUUUGACCUCCACCGGAGGACCCUCGACGGAAUUUUCGCCUCGGGGGCGUUGACCCACGCCACCGCCAUCGUCCUCUCCAAACCCGCCGCCGGCGCUCCUCGCGAUGAGAUGAAGUUCUACGUGAAGGAUCUCUACUCCAGGAUGAAGCUCGCGGACCCGGAGAUGGCCGCUCGGGCCCUGGCCGCUCUCAACGAAAUCCUCAUCGAGGAUGAUAAGUAUGCGAGAAUCGCUACCGUGGAGAUGCCGGAGGUCGUCGGCCUGCUGGUGGGCCUGCUCGAGUCGGAGAAGGAGGAAAUCCAGCAGGAAGCUGCGGAGGCGGUGGCUGUGAUCGCAGGUUUCCAUUGCUACAGGCCGCUGCUGGUCCUCGCCGGCGUUGUGCCAGCCCUCAUAAAGGUUCUGGAGAUGGGAAGCUCUCUGGGGAAGGAGCGAGCCGCCAAGGCCCUGAAGAAGCUGACCGAAAAUUCCGACAACGCGUGGUCGGUGUCGGCGCACGGCGGCGUGAUGGCGCUGCUAAAGAUCUGCGCUGAUCCGGGCAUCAGCGGCGGCGAGCUCCUGAGCUCCGCUUGCGGAGUCCUGAGGAACCUCGCCGCGGUUUGGGAGAUCAAGCGGUUCAUGGUGGAGCAGGGGGCGGUGGCCGUCUUCCUGAAGCUCUUGGGGUCCAAAGACGAGGUCUCGCAGAUCCACGGCAUGGAAUUCCUUCAGGUGAUCGCCGGCGACGACCCCGCCGCGAAGGCCAGAGUGAUGAGCGAAGGUGGGAUGGAGUCUUUGGUUCAGUUCCUCGGAUCCUCUUCCUCCUCAUCCCCAAAAGCCAUGGAGACGGUCCUUAGGGCGAUAGAGGCCCUUUGUUUCUCGUCGGCGGGCUCUGUGAGCGCCCUGAUCCGCGCGGGCUUCCUCGACAGACUCCUCGUCUUGCUCGGCCAUGGGGAGACCUCCGUCCAAGAGUCGGCGCUGAAGGCGGCGGCUCGCCUCUGCGCGGUCUCUGAGGAGGCCAUAAGGAACAUGGGCGAAAGGGGCUUCAUGGCGGAGCUGGUGAGGCUGCUGGAGGCCAAGUCCUUGGAGGUGAGGGAGAUGGCGGCGGAGGCGCUGGCGAGGAUGGUGGCGGUGCAGAGAAACCAGAAGAGGUUCGUCCAGGAGGAGGACGGCGUGGGGACCGUCCUCCUCCUCCUCGAGCCCGAGGAGAAGACCGCCACCAGGAAGUUCCUCCUCUCCGCCCUCGUGGCCAUCUCCGGCAGUAGCAGCGGGAGGAGGAAGAUCGCCCAAUCGGUUCACAUCAAGCGACUGGAGAAGCUCGCCGAUAUGGAGAUCGCGGACGCCAAGAGGAUCAUCAAGAGGCUCUCCUCCGGCAGAUUAUGGAACCUGCUCACCGGAAUCUGGAGUACUUGA